UCUGGGACAUGCAGAUCACAGGGUCUGUAGUACAGCGCUCUGUCGCAUCAGCUUGGUGCGGAAAAACUCAGCCAGGAAUCAAUGUGAGUGUUACAACCAACCAGGCGGUACAGUGAAACUGCUGCUGACAGCGUUCAAGAGCCCUGGAGAUCAAUCAGCAGCAAUUGUCUUUAGCAGACCUCUCGUUGCUUCAGGAGUUGGUGAUUGAGUUAAUUGCAUGCUGUUAUAAGUGAGGGAAACAUUAUCGCUACGAAGGUGAUGGGUGGGAAGCAGUCUCGCAGCCUGUCCAACUCAGAGUUGAAUGAGGUGAGUGUGGGCCAAAGGAGGAAGGGUACAUUUAGAGACGAGCAGCCCAGCCUGUCCUGGGCAGCGGAGAGGAUCCGUAAACAAACCAGCGUCCACUUUGGUUUCAGUACUCUGAGUUUAGCCAUGCGGGGGUUGGAUGAAACCCCCGCUGAGCUGUGGGAGCUCCAGGACCUUCAGAAACUCAACUUGUCCAUGAACUGUCUGUGCUCCUUGCCUCCCGCUCUGGGUUCUCUGGAUAAUCUGGUGAUUCUCAACUUACUGGGAAACAACCUGUCCAGCCUACCCCCUGAGAUCGGCCUGCUGAAGAAGCUUCGCGUGCUGUUCGCCUGUCGCAACCGCCUGAGUGAAGUCCCUGAGGAGCUGGGCUCCUGCACAUGCCUGGAGGUGCUGAGCUUGGCCAACAACCAGAUCUCCAGCCUCCCCAGCAGCUUGGCUGCCAUGCAUCAUCUGACCAAACUCAACCUCAGUCACAACCGCAUUGUUCACAUCCCCACCUGCAUCUACAGCAUGAAAGGACUGGUCUUCCUGCACUUGGCCUGCAACCGCUUGGAGACCAUAGCAGAUCAGAUUCAGGACCUGGUUAACCUGAAGAUCCUGAUCGUGGAGGGAAACAGCAUACACACUCUUCCAAAGACUUUGUGUUUCUUGGAUUCAUUAGAGCUUCUGAAUGUGGACUUUAACGAGCUGCAAAGUGUGCCUGAUGAGAUGUACCAGCUGAGCAGACUCAGGCGGUUAGCCUGCCACCCACUGGAUAAAGGACUUCAUAUAAUUCACAACCCGCUCCUCAAGCCUAUCCAUGAGGUGCUGCAAGGUGGACUCAGUGCCCUGUAUAACUACCUCAAGCCUACUUAAACAAUCACCACUGUUUGUGUGUGUAUCUGUAUGCUGUUUGAUGAUUCCUUGGCACCCUGAUGGCCAUGCACCAUUUGACCAAACUCUCUCUGAUGUUUCUACAGCAAUGGUCUCAAACGCCAGUCCUCAAGAGCAGGUGUCCUGCAACUUUUAGAUGUGUCUCUGCUUCAAAACACCUGGGUCCAAUGUUAGCUCAUUAGCAGAACUCAGUGGAGGCUAGUGAAGCAGUUUAGUCAUUUUAUUCAAGCAUGUAAAAUAUUUAUGCAGGACUCUGGCCCUCAAGGAUUGCCGUUAGGUCUAGAGCAUGAUAGGCCUGGUCUUCUUUCACUUGGAAGCAAUGGCUUCCAAAUGAUUGCAACCCAUGGACCUUACCAAGCUCCGCCCACAACCGACCCACGUGACCGCAAGUCUCACAAGCAAAGCCUCGCUGCGCGUUGUUUCUAUGUAAACGUGACUCGA